CCCCUCUCUUGCAGAUCCAGAAUGACCGUCAAAGCGGUGAAGAUGUCGUGCGCCGCUCCAAAUGUCUAUACUAAAGUGCCUGACGGAGGAUGGGGCUGGACGGUGGCAUUCGCUUUCUUCUUUGUGGAAGCUCUCACGUACGGCAUCAUCAAGUCGUUUGGAGUCUUCUUCAAUGACUUGAUGGAAAGCUUUGAUGAAACCAACAGCAGAAUAUCCUGGAUCAUCUCCAUAUGUGUGUUCGUGCAGACUUUCACAGCUCCUCUCUCGACCGUGCUCAGCAACCGCUUUGGCCACCGCUUGGUGGUGAUGGCCGGCGGGGCACUCAUCAGCAGCGGCAUGGUGGCCGCCUCCUUUGCCCGCACCGUGGUGGACAUGUACGUCGCCAUCGGGGUCAUUUCUGGCCUCGGAUACUGCCUUUCUUUCCUCCCGACUGUCACCAUUUUAUCACAGUAUUUUGACAAAAGACGUUCGCUGGUCACAGCAGUGGCAUCUACAGGAGAAUGUUUUGCUGUCUUCUCUUUCGCGCCAGCCAUCACGGCUCUGAAGGAGCAGAUCGGCUGGCGCUACAGCCUCCUCGCCGUGGGGGUGCUGCAGCUGAGCAUCGUCGUCUGCGGCUCGCUGCUGCGACCCAUCCUCAUCGUCAAGGAGCAGGAAGAAGUGAAAGUCCAGCCCGUGGAGGAGCCCGCAGAGACCAAGUACAUGCUUGAAAACGAGCAAACGCGCACCUCAAUCGAGUCCAUCGACUCAGGAGUAGAAAUAACUACCUCACCCAGCAAUGUGCCUGGAAAAACCAAAGUAGAGCCGAAAAGUGAAGAACCAAAGGAAAACGUACAGGUCCUUGUUGACAAUAACAGCACCCCUACAGAACCAAAAACCCAACUACUGGACUUCUCUGUGAUGAAAGACUAUAGCUUUAUCUGUUAUGCGUUCUUUGGUCUGUUUGCCACCUUGGGAUUCUUUGCUCCCUCGCUGUACAUCAUUCCCCUGAGCCUCAGCCUUGGCAUCGGCAAGGACCACUCCGCAUACAUCCUGUCCGCGAUGGCAAUCGCGGAGGUCUUUGGAAGAAUUUCAGCUGGCUGGGUCCUCAACAAAAAGCCCAUCCGCAAGAUCUACAUUGAACUCAUCUGUGUUAUUCUGCUGUCUGUAGCACUGUUUGCCUUCCCUUUUGCCUCUGAAUUUUGGGGGUUGAUGACAUGUAGCAUAUUCUUUGGGUUCAUGCUUGGGACGGUGGCGGGCACACACAUCCCACUGCUGGCAGAAGAUGAUGUGGUCGGCAUCGACAAGAUGUCCUCUGCAGCUGGAGUCUACGUCUUCAUUCAAAGCUUAGCUGGGUUGGCUGGACCACCCCUUGCAGGUGUCUUAGUGGAUACAACACAGAACUACAGCUCGGCCUUCUACUCCUGUGCUGCUGGCAUGGUCCUGGGCGCCGUGUUCCUGUCCCUCGUGCGGCCGUGCAAGGUCGGGCUGUGUCGCAGGCGGGAGCAGUGCGUUGAGGAGGCCGCGGCAGAGCCCCCGCAGGACCCACCCGAGGACUUUAUUGAAAUGGAUAUUGGAAAAGCAGAUAGUUCAGGAAAAGGCGCUGACAGCUCCGCAUAAAAAAAGACUGUUCCUUCUCCAUCUAGU